GUGGCUUUCUAAAGAAAGAUUGCUAUCAAAUAGCACACGUAGGUUCCUAACUGAUGACAAAGAAUUGACAGAGCAGCCAUCAAGUCUUAGACAGUGUUCUAGGUUCUAGGCUUUUCAAGACUUGAAGCUAUUUUCUCAUUCAGAAAGGAUGUCCUUAAUCCUCAUUAACUCAGGGCUUUCCAGCACAGGACAAUGCCCCAAGCUGUUCAGAGGCACAGCGAAGAUGAUCUCUGAGGACUCCUCUUUCUCAGCCUUCACAUUGUUAUUGUUGUAAGGCAUCUAAAGUAUGAAAAAGAAACAGGAAGUUAUUCAAGGAGUGAUUCAAUGUGAAGUGCAGAUUUUUGGUCACGCAAUCAGCUCACAGUGAAUGCAGAGAAUUGCAUUUCAGCAUGUGCUGUUAGUUUACAAUGCAUUUGGGAACACAACAGUGCAUUGUUCAGUCUGUAUUUUUAGGGGGUUGGGGGGCGGUGUGAGAAAGUGUGACUUGGACAUAAAAUGAUUCACGCAAAUGAAAAAGUUACACAGAAAAAAAAAUCUAAUUACAAAAAUAACAGCAUGCUUUUGUGCGUCCGUGAGUUUACCUGGAUCAGGUAACCAAUGACUCACCGCUUAGCCACGCCCACUUUACCUCCCACCUGGUAAGAAGCUGCAGAGUGCAGAGCAGCCGACAGUAAAGAGUCUUCUUACAGUUCCAGCAUCUGCGCAGAGACACAAGUUUACUAACUGAACACGACUUUACUGUUUUGCAUUGCAUGGAUCUACUCUUUUUUUUUUUUUUCAUUCUUUAACUCUCUGGUUGGACUGUAACGUUUUAGUCUUGGUGGUUGAACUCGGUCACAUUGUCGCUUCUCCAUGGGUGCGAGUAUGAGUGUGUGAGUGUGAGUGAAUGUGUGAGUGUGCCCAAAGAACCUGACGUAACCUAGCUGGGCGAAUUGCUGAUGGCGCAGCAGGUCAACUCGACCGUCAGCAGAAUAUCUCCUAGCCUUUCAGAACACAGUUCCUGUGGAGGGGCAUGGGUGGCGGCAGCGGAGGCGCGUUGCGUGUCCUCGACACUGGCGACAAGAGCCAGGCUUAGGCCCAAGUACGCAACCUCAGCAACAAUGGCUUCACCAAGAGGUCACCAUCAGAGAAGAAGCAUGGAUAAACCGGUUAACAUAUCAAUCAACACUUUGGACAUGCAUCAUGACGAGUCCGAUCAAAAUCAGCAGAUGUUGGGAGCUACCUACGUUCAGCAUGAGUGUUGCCAUAACAACGAUGCAAAGAAACCAGUGAGCCAGCUGAAGGGAACUCCUCUCAGAUGGCCGCUGUUUACCAGCGAGAGUCAAGAGGUGCAGCGCUACACCACCGGUGCCACCAGGAACCUCUUUUCUGAGAACAUGGAGAACAAAGUGACCCCUAUUAAAUUCGUCUGGGAAUCCAAGCUCAAAAGGGACAUUAGAGAACCGGAAGAUGAACUCCGCAAGAACAUCACAGCAACAAUGACUUCACCGAGAGAUCACCAUCAGAGAAGCAUGGAUAAACCGAUUAACAUGUCCUACUCCAGCACCUGAAACCGCCAACGAAACACCAAACGUGAACGGGGCCAAAAACAAACCCACUAGUGCUGUGAUUCCUGCAGCUGCUGCUAUUACUGUUCCUGACAAACUGCCCAACAUUGUUUAACCUAUUAUCUAAUAAACGCUGCAUUCCAGAUUUUAUGCCAACUUGCAGGCCCUUUGCUUAACUUCCUUUUUUUCUGUUGCUCAAAUGUACAUCAUUGCUUGGAACCAUUGCAGUACAUUGAAUUCUAACAUCCUGAGCCAAUUGAAAUCUGCUCUUUUGGAAUCUGUUGUUUUAUAAAGACCACCUAUUAUGCAAAAUGCACUUUUACAUGGUGUUUGGACAUAAAUAUGUUGGCAGUGUGUGAACAGCACCACACUAGAAUUAUAAAAAUCCACCCACUCAUUUUUUAUCACUAUUAAACCAAAACAUAAUAGAACAGAAUAUUUAAGUGCUAGUAUUAAUUGGUCAGGUGCUGGAGAAAAAGGGGUGUCCUUAGAUGUAUUUUUGAAAAUUGCUAAACACUCAGCUGUUCGGAUUGAGACAGGGAGGUCAUUCCCCCAGUUGGGAAAAGUCUAGGAAAAGGUCUGUGAUAGUGAUUUUAAACCUCCUUGGGAUGGCUUCUGGAGGGCGCACAAGAACUAGUGAGUUGGUGCAGCACCAGUUGUCAUUUUGUAUGCAGGCAUCAGUUCCUUGAAUUUGAUGCGAGCGGCUACUGGUAGUCAGUGUAACCUGAUGAGGAGAGGAGUAACAUGAGCUUUUUUUUGGCUCAUUGAAGACCACUCUCACUGCUGCAUUCUGCAUUAGCAGAAGAGGCUUGACAAAACAUGCAGGAAAUCCCGCCAAGAGAGCAUUACAAUAGUUCAGUCUGGAGAGAACAUGAACUUGGGAAAGUUGUGUGGCUUGCUCUGAAAGGAAGGGUCUAAAUCUAAAUCUGCAGAAAAAUCUGUUGUAGCAAUAUGAUCUGUGAAGCUCAAAUGAUGAUUGAUCACAACUAGGUUUCUGGCUGUCCUGGAAGGAGUUAUGGUUGACGAACCCCACUGUAUUGAGAAGUUGUGAUGAAACGAUGGGUUUGCUGGAACUACCAGCAGUUGUGUCUUGGUAAGGUUGAGCUGAAGGUGAUGGUCAUUCAUAUAGCUAGAAAUGUCGCUCAGACAGGCUGAAAUGCGAGCAGCUACCGUCGGAUCAUCUGGUUGGAAUGUGAAGUAGAGAUAGCAGUGAUAAGAAAAGCCAUGGUUCUCAAUGACAGAUCCUAAUGUAGAUGGAGAAGAGAAGUGGUCCAAGCACUGAGCCUUGAGGAACACCAGUAGCAAGAAUAUUUCGAGUAUUUUAAAGAAAAUGUGCCUCAAAAUGUACCAAAAUUAGUUUCCCUGAUAACACAAGUACAUCAAAAAGAGACUUCUAUUUGAAGUCUGCAUUUACAUCUGCAAGAUGUUUUCCAUCAGAAGUCAUAAACAUUUAUUAGAUGUCUUUAAGAUGUUUAUUAUAUAGAUAUUAUACAGAAUGUAAAACCGACACCUUGAAAACAUGUUUGUACACAGCAGAUGCUUUCCAAAUCAAGAUAGAUCAUAUAUUUUUUUAAAUCCAGUGUCACUUAAGAUAAAAGAAUCUGACAAACCUGAGUGAACUUUCACCCACUAAUUGAAAACCCAGAGUCUCCCCAUUAAAUCUCAUUUCAUAAAAAGAGAAACAAAAAUAAAAAAAUCUUACACCGUCUACACUGGAAUUAAUGUGAUGUGGAUAGAGCUCAGUAUGAUCAGUGAUUCUGUAUACACUGGAUGGCAGGUGCUCUUUUCAAUAAUAGGACAAAUGGACUCAUAAUUUCUUUAUUAAACUGAACAGUGGUUAAAUUUACAAUGGGUGCACAUCACAGCUCAGUCAUCAACAAGACACCCUGCAGAUCACAACAACCAGUAUGCAUUCACUCCUAAAAGCAAUGGAAGAAUAAAUGAAAAAGAACUGCAGCCAAGUAUGUGCAACUCUCUUUAUGGUUUGCCACAUCUCUUUAUUUCAGUUCAUGUAAAGAGCCUUACAGAAAUGACACUGACAGUGUA